AUGGAAGGAGCAGGCUCAAUAACAAAUAGAAUUGGAGGAUCUGAAGACCGAAUUGGAGCGAUGAGAAGAACAAGAUUGGUGUCAGGGGGCUUAAGGGGACAAGAUGUUGGGGGUAGUGGAAACAUUGGAGGUGCCGAUGGAGAAGGUGAAGGCGGCAAAGAAGUAAAAGAAAGCCAAGGAUGUCAAGGCCAACUUAUCAAAGGAGAAGGCCAGUUGGAACCUUUAUUAGAAGAAGAAGAGGACAAUCUAUUCUGGAGGCAGUCACAACAAGAUCCGUUGAAAAGUGAUGACUCAGACGGGAAAGGAUCUUACACUACAAAAAAGUUCAUCUUUUUGCAUGGGUUUAGGAAUUAG